CUUAUUCAAGGGAAUUAUGAAGUGUUGAAUAAAAUGUCAGACAUCAAAAUAAUCACCACCAGCACUGUAAGAAAGGUGUUAAAAUAUGAAGAACUCAUACCAGCCAUAGAAAGAUGUCUUGUUAGUUUUUCUCGGGGAAAAAUACAACAACCCGUCCGGUCAACUGUGGAGGUGGAAAAACAUGAAGGGUUCAUUGCAAUAAUGCCUGCUUAUGACAAGGAAGAAGACACAUUUGCCAUGAAAGUUGUUUCAUUAUAUCCAAACAACGGCGAAAACGGGCUUCCAACACAUGCAACCACAAUCCUGUACAUGCAAGCAAGAACUGGACUUUUAUUAGCAACAAUGGAAGCUGAAGUGAUUACGGACAUGAGGACCGCUGCCACAUCUGCAGUCGCAACUAAAUACCUUGCACCGGACAAUGCAAAAGUCCUGGCCAUUUUUGGAGCGGGAGCACAAGCCAAAAGUCAUUUUUAUGCCUUGAAUCAUCUCCACAAGUUUGAAGAGGUUAUAAUUUGGAAUCGAACAGCAAACAAUGGGAAGAAACUGUGUGAAGAAAUAUCCAAACAUUGUAAAAGUGUUCGGUUUUGUUCAAGCGCAGAAAAAGCGGCUUCCAAGGCCGAUGUUAUUGUUACUGUAACAUUAUCCACAACUCCUAUUUUAUACGGAAGAUGGCUGAAAGAUGGGGUGCAUAUUAACAGUGUUGGUGCUUGUAGACCAACAUGGAGAGAGAUGGAUGAUGAAUGCAUGAACCAGUGUGAUCUUUAUGUAGAUAGUAGAGAAGGUGCUUUGAAGGAAUCUGGUGACAUCAUCAUGUGCCAACCAAAGAAGUUGAUCAAUGGAGAGAUUGGUGAAGUAAUUGAUGGAAAAUGUAAAGUUGAUAGAAACAAGAAAACAAUAUUCAAGUCAUUGGGGAUGGCGAUUGAAGACGUAGCGUCAGCUCAUUUGGUUUGGAAGAAAGUUAACGAUGAAUAGAAGAUAGCUCGCCCGUAAGCAUAUGGAGCAAUGUUUGUAUAACUUCCACAUCAACAUAAUUGACAAGUUUGUGCUUCAAGCCAUCCACUGUUUCUUACACAUGGUUCAUAUUUAACCAGUAUUUCAUAUCCACGUUUCUUAUUGCCCUUUACACAACUUUUAAUACUUCAUAACUUGCUGAAAAAUAUUUAUUUUAAGAUAUCUAAUGUCCUACUUUAUUUGUAACUAUACACAAUAACGGCUUAUGUUUACUGUAUACACAUAUAUUAUAUUUGACCUGUUUACCUAAAUGAGUGAAAUAACUUAUUUAUCCUUGCCUGGAAGGGCAAUGACAGUUGUUAUUACACCGGUGUUCUGUUUCAUACAUCUCGUGCCCGCUUACAAGUUACCACGUAUGUAACUUUGGGGUGGACUUUUUUCCUGAACCCAUCACCUCUGGGUUAGAGGCAUACGCGCUAAUCAACUAUGCCAUGACGCUUGAUUACAUGAAUUCUUUAUUUAUCAUUCCUAGCAUGAUAAGUUUUUGUGUUUCUGUUGGUGGCCAUUGGUAGAUGCGGGAGUAGCUUCAUGGGUGUUUUCGGUUUCGUUAUAUGCCUUGCUGUAGGCCUCACUCAUAUAGAGUAGAAUGGAUUGCAUGUAUUACGAACCUACAAACAAUAAUUACUUUAUUGCCUUGUGUUGAAUGGUAACUUAUUUUAUAACCUUGUAUUUAUUUAAUUUUUAAGUUCACCAUGUGCUUUUUUGUUGCCAAAUUUUAAAAUAUUGCCCAAAUAUUCUAUUAAAAAUGGGGAGAGCACCUUUAAUAUUGCAUGGGAUGCAUUACUUUACUUGGUGGUUACUGUGCUGUUAAAGCUUUGUGGCCUAAUUUGUGGCCUAACCUCUGUUGCCAAUGGCCUAUGUUUUGUAAUCACUGGGUGACAAAUAUAUAGUAGUGUGGGGUAAGAAGGGAAACGUUUUCAUUCUAUUUUAUCGUCCAUUUGGUAGUUAACAAAGAAUAUUUACAGCUGUAUAUAAUUCACACGAAAAAGAACGUUGUUAAUUGUUAAAUGUUAAAAACACAAUUAACCAAAGGUGCCUAUGGUAUCCCAUCAUACCCCCCAGUACAAUAUAUAUGUUAAGUAGGUGUGAAUAUGUUUAGACGUAGAUUAGAUCACACGUAAUAUAAAAAUUCUCCCACCGGGUCUGCUGAAUGUGGAUUAUUAUGUUUUACACAUGUGCUCACAAACUAACACACAAUAGUUGUUACUUUAACCAUACACAAAAUAUUGCUAUGCACAUUACAAGGUGUUAUAAUCCACCCUUCUUUAUCUUUAUUGCACUGUAUUUAUUUAACUUAAUGGACGUAUUAUUAUGGCUUUUGUACAAUUACUACAGCUGAUGAUUCAAACUUAAUAAACCAUACCGUAUGAUC